GGGGGCCUGAUAAGCCACUCUGACAAGGUGCUGUUCUUUAUGACUUGGAAGGAAUCAGCAAUUCUAGAAGGAACCAGCAAUUCUAGAAGGAACCAUUGACUUUGGUGCUUUAGUUCUAUUACUUCUUUACUAGAAGGACAGAGCCACAUAUUCAGGGAAUCUUUGUGUUUCUCAGGCUCAGGUUUGGGUUCCAUGGGCAUCCCAUUUUUAUCCUUUCCUUCUUUGUUCAGAAGCCACUUAUACAGAGCCUUCUCCUCACAAUUCUCAUCAUACACGCACUCUGCAAAGCUUAUGCAGGGCUCAUUGGCUCUGCACACCUCCUCUACCUUACAUGGGUCCUGAUGGUUCUGGACAAGCCAAUCCUCUGUAACCAUGCUGGGGGUGUACAAUGGUUUCUUGGCCCCCAAGUGGUCAUGCAGGCACUUAGAUUGCCCACGUUUUCCAACUCCAUACCUUUGGGCUGGUUUCCCUGACAGUUGGUACAGGAGUCAGUCUUGACAAGCCAAUCAUUCAUAUUAUAGGACUGGAACAAGAGCUCAAACUUCUCACCGGUUUCAUGACUGCCAUUCUCGGGCUUCCCCAGCUUAUGGGAUUCCUGGAGAGUCACUAGCUAAUCUGAUAGGUUCAUCUCAUCUCGAUCAGGAAGCUCUAGAUCUUUACCUUUUCCAUUUCAAUGGAGAAAGAACUAGUAGUGGAAUGGCUGUUACACUUUUGAUAACUUGGUUUUUCAGGAACUUCCUGUCGCUGACUCUUGAGGAGCAAGUUUUCUAAGCCCUUUAGGUUUCCCCAGACAUUACUAAAGAAAUUGCAGGCUCUGGAAGAAGCCUGUCUAUUCUUCAAGGUCUGCUUUUUGGUGAGCCAGUCCUGGGGGUUGGUGCUGGGUAUGUAAGGAGCCUAAUGACCACCGGCAGGUUUGCUUCCAAGGAGCCAUUUGCUGAGAGGGAUAGCUGCAAUACUGGAUGCUGACUUCUGCUCUGGCAUAGGGAUAUAGCCUCUUCUCCAGGAAGGGCCCAAUAUUUGAUGAACUAGCAUAAGCCAUCAAGUGCUCAGGAAUUUGAAUUGUUUUGAGAGACCUAAAUAUGGUGAUGGUCUGGCACAGAGCAGUUGUGUCAGCUUCAAAGAGUAGGACAUUUGAAUCUUCAUACUUAAGGGUCAAACUGCCCAGUCUCUCUAGGCACACAGAGACUUGAUUGGCUAGAUCUUUGUUUUGGGUACACUCCAGUUGAUGAAUAAGACAAUUGAACUGGCCUGAUAACCAGUAGAGCUGCUGAGCCUGCUGUUGAAUUGUCUCCUCUUUAAGCUGAUAGAUGAGGUCCACCUGUCCAUUUAGUCACACCUCAUGGCUUCUAAGACGUUCCAGAUGACGGGUUAUGCAACUGUGAAUCUGAGCUUUGACCUCUCGCAAGUUAUCUUUAAUUUGCUGUUCAGCCUGGAGAACUCCACCAAUAGCAAGCUCCAAGUCCCUCCGUGCAUCACUACCCCUCAAAAGGGGUUCUCUAUUACUGGAGCUGCCACUCUGGUCUUGGAAGGUAUUCAUUCUGCUCACAGCUCCAGGUCCCAGUGCCUCUCUGGGGCAGUCCGAGGGGACCUUGGGUGGACUGAGACACGGCCCCACACAAACCUAGGGCCCAAAGCUGAUUCGAUUAUUGAUCUAGUUCUUUGAUUUCUUCCCAUGAGAAAGCAGGAAAAGAUGCUGAGUUACAUGAGCAGAAUGUUAAGAAGCUAAAAUUAAUUUCAUGUUCAUCGGCCUUGAAGUACCAUUUACAGGUAUACCUUGGAGCAAUAAUUUAUUCCACCAUGCCACAAGGGAGGUCACAAUCACAUUGAGCCAAAACGCAUCCAGUGUUUUCUUCAGUUACAAAUAAAACGAAUAUGCCCAUGCUGCUACCACAUCCUCACCAGCAUUUCCUAAAAGGCCUUUUAAGAGCACCUUUCCGAUGUUACCACUUCAUCUUUCACUCAAGUACUCAUCUCGGAUCAGGAAUCCCAUGUGCUCAGCCGUUUAAUUCUCUUGGACUCCAUUGUACAAAGUGGAUGCUGCUGUCAGAUGGUUUAAAGAGAAAAUUAUGUGUACAAACAACCUUAAAGGACCACACAGAAGGACUUUCUGAUAAAGAGCAAAGAUUUGUGGAUAAACUUUAUACUGGUUUAAUCCAAGGGCAAAGGGCCUGUUUAGCAGAGGCCAUAACUCUUGUAGAAUCAACUCACAGCAGGAAAAAGGAGUUAGCCCAGGUGCUUCUUCAGAAAGUAUUACUUUACCACAGAGAACAAGAACAAUCAAAUAAAGGAAAACCACUAGCAUUUCGAGUAGGAUUGUCUGGGCCCCCUGGUGCUGGAAAAUCAACAUUUAUAGAAUAUUUUGGAAAAAUGCUUACUGAGAGAGGGCACAAAUUAUCUGUGCUAGCUGUGGACCCUUCUUCUUGUACUAGUGGUGGAUCACUCUUAGGUGAUAAAACCCGAAUGACUGAGUUAUCAAGAGAUAUGAAUGCAUACAUCAGGCCAUCUCCUACUAGAGGAACUUUAGGAGGCGUGACAAGGACCACAAAUGAAGCUAUUCUGUUGUGUGAAGGAGCGGGAUAUGACAUAAUUCUUAUUGAAACCGUUGGUGUGGGUCAGUCGGAGUUUGCUGUUGCUGACAUGGUUGACAUGUUUGUUUUACUACUGCCACCAGCAGGAGGAGAUGAGCUGCAGGGUAUCAAAAGGGGUAUAAUCGAGAUGGCAGAUCUGGUAGCUGUAACUAAAUCUGAUGGAGACUUGAUUGUGCCAGCUCGAAGGAUACAAGCGGAGUAUGUGAGUGCACUGAAAUUACUCCGCAAACGUUCACAAGUCUGGAAACCAAAGGUAAUUCGUAUUUCUGCCCGAAGUGGAGAGGGGAUCUCUGAAAUGUGGGAUAAAAUGAAAGAUUUCCAGGACCUAAUGCUUGCCAGUGGGGAGCUGACUGCCAAACGACGGAAGCAACAGAAAGUUUGGAUGUGGAAUCUCAUUCAGGAAAGUGUGUUAGAGCAUUUCAGGACCCACCCCACAGUCCGGGAACAGAUUCCACUUCUGGAACAAAAGGUUCUCAGUGGGGCCCUGUCCCCAGGACUAGCAGCAGACUUCUUGUUAAAAGCUUUUAAAAGCGGACAGUAAUAAAAUUCAUCCUGUAUAAUAAUUUUACAUAUCAUUUCAUAAAGUAUUUUAAUAGAAAAAUCACUUGUAUGCUUAUAUUUUCAGUAAUUAUUGUAUGGUGCUCUUGUCUUCUUUGUUUGUGACCCAUGCUUGAAAACUUGAAGGAAGUUAGAUAUGAAUGGCAAAAGUUAGGCAGUAUUUAUAAGGUACCUGUUGUAUGUUACUGAUAUCUGUUUCCUUCUCUUCUUAUACCCUGGCAUGGUGGCCUGUAGGGUAGUUUCUUCUUAAUAGUCAAGAACAGAGAAAGCUGAGGAGAGCAGAAAAUAUCUUGCACUUUAAAAUGCUUAUUUUGAUUCCAUAUUAUCUGAAUUUCCAGCGAGGAUGUAAACAAGAGUGACCAUAUUUUUGGAGUCCUUCUUGAAGCCAGAACAACACACAGUGGGUUGCUAAGAGCCGACAAUCAUAAUUGACAUUUAGUGUACCAGAUUAUUCUAAGAAUUUCUGAAAUUACCAUGUACAUGAGUAAUGAAACAACUGGAAUAAUGUGAUGAUGUGAACACAAUUUUAAAGUCUGCUUGUCUGGAUUUGCAGGUACCCUUCCCCCACCCCCCAAAAUGAUAGGUAAGAGAGCAAAAGGGAACUGGGAAAAAUCAGCUACAAAUAAAAUGGGUGACUAAUCCCCAGUUCUUGGACCCAUUAUAUUUGUAGCUGAUUGGAGUAAACCCCUAAAAGACAAAGUGAGGUCAGAAUGAUUCAAGGAUUAUUCAGUUUGAAGACUACCAAAGGCUUUUGCUUCUCUUCUUCCUUGGCCAUUUCACUUCAUUUUAGUAUUUUAAAAAUCUUUUUUCUUGAUGGUGAACAAGUUUUGUCCUAUGCUAUGGAGGAAGCAUAGCACAGUGAUUAAGAGCUUGGGCUCUGUAGUUGGACUAUGUGGGUUUAAACUUUAAACCCAGAUCAAUUGUAUAUUAGCUGCAUGAGCUAAUCUCUUUAAGCUUCCAUUUCCUCCCUGGUAAAAUGAAAUUGGCAAAUAACUUUCUAAGGUUAGUGAAGAUUAAAUGAAAUAACUAGGAGAAUUAUUUAACUGUCAUGAUGGUGUAUAGGAAAUACUCGAAGGCUGCUUACUGUCCUUAUUACAUUAAAGUUAUGGGUAUCUUGAAACUACAAACCUGAUGUAUAAUUUCAGUUUUCUCUCAUGGUCUUGUUACUACCAUCAUACUCUUGAUAUUUUAGGAUACUUUAGGAUUACCUUUGAAGAACCCUUUCUAGUUAAUUCUUUGAAUAUAUUUUAUACUUAUUUGAUGGUAGUUGUAACUGUGUACAUUUGAAUAAAAUUUCUAACCAUAAAAUGUCUCCAUUGCACAAAAAGCCUUUAUAGAAGUUUCUAACAUAUUCUAUUCUGAACCCUGUAGAAUAUUUUAUGUAGUAUAGCAGCUUGCAUUGUUACUUACUGUACUGGAAUCAAACCUCUUGAGCAUUAUUUUAACAAACAUCCCUUUACAUUUUUUGGAAAGAUUUUUAGUACUCCAUUGGCAUAGCUAUUUCAUACAAGGAUUAGGAGAAACUUUGAAAGGUUAUCCACUUGACUUUUCUGAUUUUAGAAAGGACUACCAUUAAACCACCCUAUCAGACAAAAAAAACUGGUUUUUAGAAACCUGAGAGAAGGAAUUUUAUAAUUUCCCUGAGUAAGCUGUUACAGGGAAUAACAAAUCUCCUGCCACAUGUGGCACAGUGUAAGUAAUGCUGGAGCACACAUACUGCAUUGUAAAGAAGGUAAGGAAAGGUGGGGGGACUUUUGUUGGCUUUAAUUUUAAGGCUAAAAGCAUUUCUUCUCAGUUUGAACUACUUUUAAAUGUUAUAAAUGUCAUCAUAAAAAUCAUUAGAAAACUCA